AGAAAAGAAAGAGAGAGAGGGAGCGCGUACGGAAGGGUAUAUUGACUCAGAGCUGGUCUGCAUGCUCCACAGAGUGUGAGAGACAGAGGAUGUGAAAGCAGGCAAGAUGGAGCACUGGCACAGAUGAAGACUGUCCCUGGUCCCGCUUGACAGUCCAGAUGAGUCUCUCAAAGCCCCCGCCUCCACCCUCCACCUCCCACCUGGCUAUCCCCCCCGCCUCCACGCCCAGCCCUUCCUCGUCUGCCACCUCCCCCUCGUCUACGCCCCACUCGGCAGCUCCUCCUCCGCCCUCGCCCGUCAAGAUCUCUAUGCAGGAGCAUUUUGCCAUCAAUGUGUGCCCGGGGCCCAUCCUCCCCAUCCCACAGAUCUCAGACUUCUUUCCCCGUUUUCACGACUACCCCUGCACUCCGCCGCCGCCCAGGGAGAAGAAGAUCCUAAAGGAGGAGACGUUCAACGGGGAGACGGGUGGAGGGUUCAAGGACGGAGAGAGGAGAGGGGAGAACGACGGAGACAGGGAGGAGGUGAUCGACUCGGAUGACGAUGACACAUACCUGGGAACGCUGGAGUUCAGCCUGCUCUUUGAUCAAGAGAACAACUGCCUUCACUGCACCAUUCACAAGGCAAAGGGUCUGAAAGCAAUGGACUCCAACGGGCUGGCAGAUCCAUACGUCAAGCUCCAUCUUCUCCCAGGAGCCAGCAAGGCAAACAAGCUGCGCACAAAAACUCUGAAAAACACCCUCAACCCAGUGUGGAAUGAAACGUUGGUGUAUCAUGGGAUCACAGGAGCUGACAUGACCACUAAAACGCUCAGGCUGUGUGUGUGUGACAUGGACAGACUCGGACGAAAUGAGUUCAUUGGGGAGGUGAGAGUGGCUCUGAAGAAACUGAAAGAGGGUGAAAACAAACGCUACAAUAUGGGCCUGGAGAGAAUCGCACAGAAUAAGGAAACUAACAAUCAGCUGGUGGAGCAGGGAGCAGUCGUGGCAGAGGAAGAGCGUGGACGCAUCCUGGUGUCACUGUGCUAUAACACAGAGAAGGGCUGCCUGCUGGUUGGGAUCAUACGCUGUGCCCAUCUGGCCGCCAUGGACUCCAACGGCUACUCUGACCCAUUUGUCAAAAUCAUCUUGCAGCCAGACAUGGGGAAAAAGUCCAAGUACAAGACAACAGUGAAGAAAAAGACUCUCAAUCCUGAAUUUAAUGAGGAAUUUUCAUAUGAAGUAACCUUGGACCAGCUGGCAAAGAAAACCCUGGAGAUCUCCGUGUGGGACUAUGACUUGGGAAUGAGUAACGACUUCAUAGGCGGAGUGGAGCUGGGCAUCAAUGCAAGCGGACAGAGACUUAAACACUGGUUCGAGUGUCUCAAAAACAAAGGGAAGAAAGUUGAAUACUGGCACACGCUCACGCAGCAAGGUGCCCCGAGCAGCGACAAGCCGGACUAGAUUACCCAAGACAUUCUCGCAGACAAAGGCACACCCACAAGCACAGAUGCGUUUGUCUCACUUGAACAACGGUUGACAAGAGUCCAACAACAGCAGCAGCAGCAGCAGUGACCUAAACAAAGAAUAAAAGAUGCAAUAAUAAUAAUAAUAUCAUUACAAAUCUAAAUUGUCAUGUGUUGCCGCUAACUGAGGCACAACGUAUUAGAAUAUAUUCAUACUAAUCUCAGUGAUGGUGACAAGGUGUAAUAUGAAUCUAUUUAUUUUUCAAGGUAAACUAAAUUGUGAUGAUGUCCUCAUUGAAGUGUUGCCAUACCAAAACAUUACACUGAAAGUUGUGCGUAGACCUCGCCGCAUUGUGGAAGUCGAACAUUUUCAUCCAAAUUUACACCUAACAGACCCAUCCGAGGCUCAUUCGGUUAAAGUGCCCAGCUAUUUGUACACCCUUGUGACUUCUAAUGUGGUACAUAGUUACAGGAGUUUCAGGAUGUUGUUGAAACGUCUCUAACUUAAAGUAGUUGUCGCAAUCUGAUGCAAAAUAAGACACCGUAUUAUUAUACUGUAAAGCACAAGAUGAUCCAUUCGGUGGAUUCGUACCUUUACCUUUUCUGUGUUAUGUCUUUUUGUUAUUUGUCUGUGGCAGUGGUGUUUUAUCACCUAUGUGUCAGGCAGUAAUGUGUCAGCAUUAUAUGUGUGUGUUUGCGUGUGUAUGUAUAUAUGCGUGUGUGGGAGUUUUGACAAUACGAGUGCCUACAUUUUCUGUAUGUGCAACAUGUGUCUGUCUGUAUUCUCCUCACGCCACAUUCAGAAUGCUUCUGUUCAGGCGCACCGAGGUGUGAAGAAAUAUUGACGAAAAGGCAAGAACGGUUUAUUCAGCGGAGAAAUUAUCUGUAACCACCUCAGGCCACAGUGUUGUGGCUGCAGGAUAGUGACAAAAAACUGUCAGCGGUGCGAGCCUGAGAAAGAAAACGCGAAAUGUUAAUGUUCUUUUUUCCACUUUUGUUAAUGAGAAGCAGACAUCUCAUUUUGCUUUUGGAUGUAUUACUUGUUACAGAACUACUGAAGCAAAUUUUAGCCAGAUUAAAGAUAAUUCACCAUAUUGCAGUGAUUCUGGUUCUGCUCUAAUAAAACACAAUGGUGACGCAACAUUUUCUUUAAGCGGGGAAAUGUUACCAUUUUUCAUUGAUAAAAACAGUUAUCAGACUGUGCAGUUUCUUUUGACCAAGCCUAAAAAUAUCUUUUAAUCCACUGCUGCAUGCUUUCUUGCUAUAGACAUUUGCCUGAAUCUUAGAUGCAUUGAUCCUGUGUGUAAGAUCAAUAGUGAUAUCCUUUUCUGUCAAACUUCAUUAUUUACAGAGAAUCUCUGUGCAGUUUACAGGCUAACAGAACAGAGUUCCCUCUUAUGAUUUAAUCUCAAUUAGAAAUGGGUCGGUUAUUGCUAUCAAUGCGUACCAAUCUUUUAAACCCUUUAUAAACACAAAGUUUUUCUGUGAUACCACUACCAAGGUUUAAAAUCUACUCAGCUGGCUUAUAGAAGGCUGCUAGUACACAAAGUCCUGUUCAGCUAGAGACACACAUAGUCAAGUCAAGGUGGCACUGCUGAAAAGACAGCUAGCAAGCUAUUAGCUGAUUGGCUAGAGUUUUAAAACUUGUUUUCAAUCAAUACAAUUCUUUUUAAAAAUCUUUGCAUCACAACUUUUAUACAGUGAAAUUAGAACAAACUUAGACCUUGUCACACUAACCUGUAUAUUAGCAAAAGGCUAACAUUAUUUUUUUUUUCAAAAGAACAGAGAUUUUUGUCAAAAACUAAUUUUUAGAAACACUUUUAAAAAACUAUGCUUUUAGGACAUAAGAAAGACAUUUUCAUCCUGGUGCAUAACUAAACAGAGGCUACAAUUGCUUAUGGAGAAUCUUUUACCCUUACACUGAUUUAGUAAUCCUCGGGAUCCGUUUUUUUAUUUAUAUUUUAAUGAUGUCUGCAUUAUCUGAACUCGCUGAUGUGGCACGUGUAACACAACACUCCUUAAUUAAAAUGACAUGUCAAUUUUUUCUUUUUUUUUUUUUUACAAAAUAACUAAAACGGUGUUGCUGAAGCCUCACAUCCAGAUUUCUGACAAGUUACAAAGCUUUUCACAUGACCAUCUCUACAUGCAUGGUCUACAGCUGUCUAAAAAUAAAUCUACAUUUGUUUCUGUAUAACAUUGUCCCUUGAUUGUCUUAAUACUUAGCAGGAUAUCGAAUGCCCACCUUCACUGUCAUGUAAUCUUUGGUCAUACAAAAGAACACAGUCGGUCGGUUGCCUCGGGGAGAUUGCUAACUGAUAAUCAAUCCACCUGCUCAUAUCCUGUCAUGUCCUUCAACAACCUUGGGAUCCUUCAGUGUUUUUGUUGUGUUCAAUCUAAACAAAAAAAGGGCUUGGGUAUUAUGAAGAUUUAGGAGGCUUAACCAAAUAUUCAAUUACAUCUUUUAAUAACUUUAGGAACUGGAUUAGGCAAAUCUGGGCGGGUUUGUUGUGUAUUUUCUCUAUGCACAUUUAACGUCUCAGCACGUCAGCAGUGAGAUAAUCAACCCAAACAGCAAGCUCAUGUAAUUUCUGGGAAUACUCUGCACUUUGUUUACUCUGAGGCUGGGUAAAGGAGAUCAAAUGGAGUUCACGUUUCUGGCCGGAUGGUUGCUUAUUUUUGUGCAUCUCUGGCUCUGUUGUUUACAGUCGCAGUAUUUUCAGGCUCUUGUCUAUUGACCUCUGCUUUGCUUGCGUAAUCAUUUAUCUGCAAUACAGCUGCAUGUUUAGCAAUUGCCAUCAGCUUGCAUAAUAGAGUGCGACUCCAACUGAUCUUUCUGAAUACUGAUGUGUUUACAGUCUGUGCCAUUCAUGCGGUGUGUGUUUGUGAAUAAAAUUAUUCAGGGUAAUUUUUGCUCAGUUGCUGUGCUCAACAAAGCAAGCUUUUGCUUUUAAGAAAUCCUUUACUGUCACAGACUUUAACACUUGUCUUCCUUGAAUUGAAAACAGUGGUGAUUAUGCAGGAGGGCUGACGCGGGAAUGCGAUGUGGAGUCCCUGUGUAUUUAUUGUCAUUGUCAAUCCCACAGUAUGGCUGCCAUCCUGUGUUGGGUUUGUGUAACUACUUCUCAAAAUAAACUGAAACUGUUUCAGUGGU